GGGCAUUCGUUUUACCCUCGAAAAUAAAAAUAAAAAUAAAGAAAUAUUGAAACAUAGGGUAAUAGUUCAUAUAGCUACGAAGAUUUUCCUGCAUUGCAACUCCAGAGCUUUUCACUUUUCAGUGGAGACCGUGUUACACAGCACCACUUCAUCUCAUCAAGCUUGUUGUGAUUAUUUUCGUCCGGUUAAGUGACUAAAACUUUAGUGGAGCGAGACAUGGAUACAUCGAUACAGGUGCAGAGGGUUGCAGACAAGCAGGCCGAUGGGAUGGCAAAGGCGGACGCGAAAAGCGUCCGCAAACAGUUAAGAAACAGUACAGGGGAGAAAAUUCCGACCAGUGCAACAGUAGGGAUGAAUAACGAUACCAAAAAUAUUGCAAUUCUUUAUGACCAAAGUCAUGAAUGGUAUGGAAGUGUGUUGAAUUUUUAUCCUUCUGGUAUAAGCCCGGGAAAUUCCGCGCAGUUUGUGAAUACGGUGGAUCCUACAAAUGGUUCUAAGGCCGCGGUGGUGUACACUGGCAAGAUCAAUGAAACUACUGAUUGUGCAUGGCUUUUGGCUUGGUGCGCACCCAUUGGUACGGAACUAGACCCUCCAAACUAUCAGGUAUAUGUUGAAGUUGGCAAACAAGAGAACUACGAGAACAUAGAUUGGGCAGCGAUUGAAGCGAAGCUGAGUAACUCUACCAACUAUAGUAGCUCACAGGACACAGAGACUGGGUGCGUUGCUUCUGCUGACAUUUUCACAGGCAGUAAUAACACUGCAUUAAUUGCUGCACAUUUCAACAUAUAGUGGUCAUUAACAAGUAACAACUACGUUGUUGCCAAUAAUUAGAGCAUAUCUAGAAGUGGAACUAUGACUACCUGAUAUGGUAAUAAAGCAGCAACUAUAUAUUCUUAUGUACAAUUUAUUUCUGAUACAAGAUAAAAUGAUCCUAGUAUCAAACAUAGUACUUCUUAUAUAAUGUUUUUUUUUGACUU